AUGUUUGUGGUGACCAUGGAGGAGCCCUCGAUGCUGCGCUACAGCGUCGCCUUCCCCCUGCUCUGCAGCCACUUCUCCCGCUGCAGCCACCCCAUGUGCCCAGAGGAGUAUCCUCACCUGAAGGCUGUAGCCCUGGGGAUGUGCAACAAGUUCCUGGAGGAGAUGGCCCGACAGGCCAGUGCCUGCAUCAUGGAUGCUUGUGCUGAGCAGCACAACCUCAGCGAGCAGCUGCUGCCCAAGCACUGUGCCUCCACCGUCAGCAAAGCCCGAAACAAGAAGAACCUCAAGCAGCCGACCAAGAAGGGGGAGCCUGAGCGGGACAAGCCGGGGGCCGAGAGCCAUCCCCCCCACCCCAGCAUGGACAAGCUGCACCUGAUACUGGCCGAGCUGUCCCUGAGCCUCAACCACGUCCCCAACUUCACUAUCUUUGAGCACACGGUGACACCAGCCGAGUACCUCAGCAGCUACCUGGAGACUCGCUUCACCAAAGCCAUUGUGGCCAUGGCUGGCUACAGCCAAGCCACGCAGGAGGUGGCCCGUCCCUCGGAGGGGCUGGUGGGACUCAACACCUCCCUGUUGGGUGUCCACAGGUACCUGGAGGCUCUGCUGCGUCAGGCCAGCACGGGGACCAUCGUCCUGGCCCCGGCUCUCCAGGCUUUCACCACGGUGACCCGGGAGGGUGAGACCCACUUCAGCGCCGCUGAGUUCUCUGAUGUCUCAGCUGAAAACGUCCUGAAGCGCAUGACCAUCAUCGGGGAGAUCCUCAGCUUCCGUGCCAUGGCCCAGCAGGGCCUGCGGGAGGUCUUCUCCCACCACUGCCCCUUCCUGAUGGGCCCCAUCGAGUGUCUGACGGACGUUGUCACCCCUGACACCGACAUCCAGGUCACCCUGAGCAUCUUUGAGCUGGCCUCGGCCGCGGGGAUCCCCUGCGAGGUUGACCCCGCGCUGGUCAACGUCCUCGCUGGCAGCAAGACGGAUGGCUCGUCCCCAGAGGAGGACUACAAGGUGGCCUGCUUGCUCCUGGUCUUCGUGGCCGUGUCCCUUCCCCUGCUGGCCUCUGACCCAGCGUCUGUCUACAACACCGAGGUGGACGGCUACAACAACAACAUCCACUGCCUGGCCAAGGCCAUCAUCCAGGUGUCGGCCGCGCUCUUCACCGUCCACAACAAGAACAUCGAGACCCACCUCAAGGAGUUCCUGCUGUUGGCCUCUGUCAGCCUCCUGCAGCUGGGCCAGGAGAUGGACAAGCUCCGAGCCAGGAACCGCGACUCCAUCUCCCUGCUCAUGCAGCUGGUGAACGACG